AUGGCGCUUCAACUGACUCUAUCAUGUGAUUCGGAUAAAACCGAAAGUGGUCCCGUGCUCAUUCAUUCAACUGGAGUUGAGCAUUACAAAAUUCCACCGGAUGUGAUUCGCAUAUUACAAGAAACUUUGACGAACGAAUUGUUAUCUGACCAUGCCGAUGGUGUACUCUGUAACGAAGGUUCUCAACGGGUUCUCGAUAUUCUUCUUCAAAAUGGAUUUACGUUACAGAAUCAAUCUGAUGAAGAUGGUAAGACGACGUGGGUAGUUGAAAAAGGUGGUGAUGGUGAAAGUGAUCGUUCGGUUCAACCUCCGGAUAAUUCCAAUACAACAGGUGACGAUGAAAAUGGAGAUGAUGCUGGAAAUGAAGAUCAAGGUGGUGGCGAGGAAGGCGGUGAAGAAGGUGGCGAGGAAGGUGGUGAAGAAAAGGAAGAAGAAUAG